AUGGCGACCCGGUCUGAACGGGAAAAAGCAGAGAAACUUAACGAACAGCACCAGGCCAUUCUGUCUAAAUUGCUGAGAGAGGAGGAGAAUAAGUUUUGUGCGGACUGCGAAGCGAAAGGUCCUCGCUGGGCGGCCUGGAACCUGGGUGUGUUCAUGUGCAUCCGCUGUGCCGGGAUCCACCGCAACCUGGGAGUCCACAUUUCCAGAGUCAAGUCCGUGAACCUGGACCAGUGGACUCCAGAGCAGAUACAGAGUAUGGUGGAGAUGGGAAACAGAAGAGCCAAGCUGGUGUACGAGUCUCAUCUGCCAGAGACCUUCAGACGCCCACAGUCCGACCAAGCAGUGGAAGUCUUCAUUCGGGACAAGUAUGAGAGGAAACGAUACUUCGACAAGGACGCGCUGCCUCCUAAGUCUGAAGUCACCGUUUCACCGCCGGCUCAGGAGAAGAAGGCAGAGAAAGACAAGAAGAAAGAGGAGAAGAGGAGAGAGACUCAGGAGAAGCACGGCUCAAAGUCGGAGAGCAAGAGCCCGAAGAAGAGUCCGGAGCCCAACGUGGACCUGCUGGGACUCGACGCUCCAGACAGCGGCAGUGGGCGGGGCUCCAGUCCGGCCGAACCAAUCAGCAACGAGGUGGAUCUGUUUGGACCAAUGGUGUCCAACCCUCUGCCCUCAUCCACGCAGGCAGCACAGUUGUUUGUAGUCUACUCCUCUCCUGCUCCUUCUCUCUCCUCUCCUCCUCUCUGCUCUCUUCUCUCCUCCUUUCUCCUCUCCUCCUCUCUCCUCUACUCCUCUGUCCUCUCAUUAUCUCUCCUCUCCUCCUCUCUGCUCUCCUCUCCUCCUUUCUCCUCUCCUCCUCUCUCCUCUACUCCUCUGUCCUCUACUCCUCUGUCCUCUACCCCUCUCUCCUCUUCUCCUCUGUCCUUUCCUCUCCUCCUCUGUCUUCUACCACUCUCCUCAUCUGUCGUCUCUCCUCUCAUCCUUCCUCAUCUCCUCCUCUCUCCUCUACUCCUCUCCUCCUCUCUCCUGUCCUCCUCUCUCCUCUCUUCCUCUAUCCUCUCUCCACCUCUCUCCUCUCCUUCUCUCUCCUCUCCUCCUCUGUCCUUUCCUCCUCUCCAUCCUUUCCUCCUCUCUCCUCUCCUCCUCUCUCCUCCCCUCCUCUCCUCCUCUGUCCUCUCUCCUCUACCCCUCUCCUCCUCUUUCCCCUCCUCCUCUCUCCUCUCCUCCUCUAUCCUCUCUCCACCUCUCUCCUCUCCUUCUCUCUCCUCUCCUCUCCUCCUCUGUCCUUUCCUCCUCUCCAUCCUUUCCUCCUCUCUCCUCGCCUCCUCUCCUCCUCUGUCCUCUCUCCUCUCCUCCUUCCUCCUCUCCUCUCUCCUCUACCCCUCUCCUCCUCUCUCCUCUCUUCCUCUAUCCUCUCUCCACCUAUCUCCUCUUCUUCACUCUACUCUCCUCUCCUCCUCUGUCCUUUCCUCCUCUCCAUCCUUUCCUCCUCUCCUUCUCUCUCCUCUCUCCUCCUUUCUCCUCUCCUCCUCUCUCCUCUCCUCUCCUCCUCUGUCCUUUCCUCCUCUCUCCUCUUCUCCUCUCUCCUCUCCUCCUCUGUCCUCCUCUCUCCUCUCCUUCUCUCUCCUCUCCUCUCCUCCUCUGUCCUUUCCUCCUCUCCAUCCUUUCCUCCUCUCCUUCUCUCUCCUCUCUCCUCCUUUCUCCUCUCCUUCUCUCUCCUCUCCUCUCCUCCUCUGUCCUUUCCUCCUCUCCUCCUCUCUCCUCUCCUCCUCUCCUCCUCUGUCCUCCUCUCCUCCUCUGUCCUUGUUGUCUCAUUAG